AAAAGUUAUAAUAUUUGCCUCUUUCUUUAGGUCAAUGCUGUUCCCCUCAAGUCCUCAUGGGUGAUGACCUGUGCAUAUGCUCCUUCUGGAAACCUUGUGGCCAGCGGCGGUCUCGACAACAUGUGUACAGUCUACAACUUGAAGACACCUGUAAUCAAGACGGUGAAAGAAUUGGAUGCUCACACAGGUUACUUGUCCUGUGCACGCUUCCUCAGUGACACAGACGUUCUAACCGCCUCUGGUGAUACCACAUGUGCAUUGUGGGAUUUGGAGACUGGAAAGCAGAAGACGGUUUUCCUGAACCAUGUUGGUGACUGCAUGUGUCUGUCUCUGUCUCCGGACAUGAACUCCUUUGUUUCCGGUGCUUGCGACUCUCUGGCCAAGCUGUGGGACAUCAGAGACGGCCAGUGCAAGCAAACCUUCCUGGGUCACACAAGUGACAUCAACGCCAUUUCAUUCUACCCUAGUGGCAAUGCAAUUAUCACCGGCUCUGAUGACUGCACAUGCAAAAUGUAUGAUCUUCGUGCCGAUCAAGAAUUGAUCACUUACCAGGAUGCUGCCCUGAACAGCGGCGUAACAUCACUGGCUCUAUCCAUUUCUGGCCGCCUCAUCUUUGCUGGCUAUGACGACUUCAACUGCAAUAUUUGGGACUCGCUAAAGGGCGAGAAAGUGGGUGUGUUGUCUGGCCAUGACAACAGGGUGAGCUGCACCGGAGUACCACCAGAUGGCAUGUGUGUUUGCACUGGCUCAUGGGACAGCUUCUUGAAGAUUUGGAACUGAGUUGGACCCUGAAAGAAGAUGAGAUGGGAAUGAGAAU